GUUCCAAGAUGGCUGCCAAGCUGAGACAACUCGUCAGGUGCCAGCCCCAGUCAGUGGUUAGCACCAGUUCAAGCACCUACUAAGCAUUUGUUUCUGAUGGGACAACAGUAAGAAACACAGCAAAGAUGGGAAACGCAGAUCUUUUACAAGAAGUAGACGAGGGAAAAAUCCAAACUGUGCUUGAUGUUUUACAUGGAGAUGAAGACUGGCCCUUCUCCUUUUUUAUGCAUCAAAUGAUUAAGAUGAUGGUCGAAUUCAAGAAAUCAAGUUACUGCAACUUCAAACAAAGGCUUUUCACUGUUGGCAACAACACUGAGAAUGGGACGUUUAUCGUUUUAACUUCAUUUCAAGGCAGCAGUGCGGGUAUAACGUACAUCCACCUGUACAGCAGCGGAGACGAGACCCCUGACAUCGCCCAAGCUCUACAAGACUCUACGGUUCCCUGGGAAACUGACCAGAUAGUGUUUGAUGUGGUCUACGGAAGUGUAAGACCCUAUGUACUGGACGUCCUCAAGACUAAGGGGCUCAAGUACAACGAGGUCACCAACAGCCUCUACUGGAUCAGCCCAGUGGAGGAACACAAAGUGGACGAGAGAACUCCUCCUUCAGAUGUGACUGUUUUAUUUCUCAACGAAGGCCAUGCAAAAGAAAUUAAUGAAAAAUGGCCUCUCAAGUUCUUAGAUUCAGAAAACGUUAUCAAAGACUGCAUUCUUACUAGUUUUGGAAUGGGUGUGGCUCGUAAGAGUGAUCGGAAGCUGUUGAGCUACGUAGUCCUCAACCACGCUGGUGCUAUCUUCAUUCUACACACGGAACCAGAAGAGCAACACAAAGGAUACGACACCCUUCUCAUCUCCAGUGUUGUACGAGAGAUGAACAAACGCAGGCGUACGCCCAUCGCUAUCGUCACCAACAGAGAUUCAGCCACCGAGAAUGUACUUAAGGAAUUCAACUUUGUACCCUUCAUCCCCACAAAAUACUACGCUGUUACCCGGCUGUGAUUUUUGCUCAUAUUGUUUUGAUUUAUGUUUCAAUCCUGUAAGCUUUUAUAGAUAACAUUGUGAACAUUUUGCUAAAUAAAUAUAUUUUUUCAAUUA